UCUCUACCUUUUAAAACAGCUGUUACUGUGCAACAGCUUUCACAGUGAUCCACAUUACUGAUGGAGAGUGCCGCAAGAGCUGAGCUCGUCUGCAACCACACAGAUGCAUGGGACUGGGUUUACACCAUGCAGCCUGCCUACAUGUCCAUCAUCUGCAUCCUUGGAGUGAUCGGCAACUCCUGCGUGCUAUGUGUGUUCUGUCUCCAGAAGCGGCGCAGCUCUGUGGCCGACAUCUACCUGAGCAACCUGGCAGCAGCUGAUCUCCUCAUGGUUUCCUGCCUUCCAUUUUGGGUAGCAACCAUUGUCGACAAGUUCCACUGGAGGUUUGGCGAGGCCAUGUGCCAGCUUAUCAACAUUGUCAUUGGGAUGAAUUAUUAUUGCAGUGUGCUGUUUCUUACGCUUGUGAGCAUGGACAGAUACCUGGUCCUCACUAGACCUCUAACCCAGGGGAGGGAGAGACGGGCCUUCUGGGCUCGUGGGAUUUGUUUCAGUAUCUGGAUUGCAGGGGUCUUGCUCAGCUUCCCUGCUAUGCUCUUCCGCUCCGUUCAGUUCUUCCCUCAUCUGGGCAUUGAUGCAUGCUACAUAGCGUAUCCCCAUGAAGGCUGGAGACUGCGCUACAACAUGACUGUCAGCACAGUAGGCUUCCUUAUCCCUGUUCCCAUUGUGUCCUUCUGUAGUUACCACAUCACUAAAGUCCUUCAGAGCAGCCAAAAGAUGAGAAAAGGCAGCAGAGGCAGUGUGGAAAGAAAGGCGGCGUACCUCGUUCUUGUUGUUCUGGCUGUGUUCAUUCUCUGCUGGCUGCCCUACCAGGUUCUCAUCUUCUUGGACACUUUGGAUCAUUAUGAAGUCAUCUCUGGAUGUACGUGGGCGUACGUGUUGGACAUUGGAAACCAGAUUGCUACUUACCUUGGCUACAGCAACAGCUCAUUGAAUCCUUUCCUGUAUGUGAUUGUGGGGAAACACUUUAAGCAGAGGGCAAGGGAAGUGUUUACACUUGUGUUGUUCAGGAGGAAAAGGGAGUGGAAGAAGUCUGGCCAUUCGAAUGCCAAUCUCAACUCAACUAAACAAACUGAGAGCACCAAAAUCUAAAUCAACAACACAUAUAGAAAAAAAGUUUGAAAAAAAAACAGCUGUUUAAGAAAUCAGUUUAUAUAACAGGUGGUAAGUCACAUCAUACGAUUAUUCAUUAAAACUAGGGCUGGUAAUCUUGAGAAACCAGCAAGAGUACGCUAGAUUUCCAAAUUAUCUAAAACCCAGCCCAGUGUUGCCAACAUAUUUCCAAUGAAAGAAGCUAGCAGCCCCAGCUCCAAACUGUGCUAAAGCUGCUAAGUCACCAACGCUGAUUUCUUCCGAAGCCACUCCCCCCAAAUGAAAUCAACAUAUAGGUUAAAAUUUCAUGAUGAAUGUAAACAACUAACAUUGCUAUUGGUAGUACUUAUGACUGUCAACCUAGCAUCUUGUGGAAGACUCCGCUUAUUAGCAAUUAGACCACAGGUACCACAUUUAUUAAUUUUCAGUUAAUUUGAUUUAUUACUUGCUGCCGAGAUCUAAUGACUUUUUUAAAAUAAAUAUAACAAACAUGAUUUUGAAGAAGAUUGCCAACUCUUCCUCUAACCAAAUGUCACUUAAAGGAGUAGUUUAUUUCAGAAAAUACACUUAUUUGCUUUCCUGACAAGAGUUGGAUAAUACAGUUUUUACCCCUUUCAUGUCUGUAGGCUAAAUUUGAAACUACAGCCCUCAACCUACUAGCCUAGCUUAGCAUAAAGACUGGAACGGUGAUACAUUUUACCAUCCAGUAGUUCUAAAGAUGGCAAAUUAACAUAGUAUAUCUUGUUACAACCUCCAGAACUAACAUUGACUAGCAUUUGGCAUUAUACUGUAUUGUGUUGUGUUUGUCAAUCUUGAUAUUGCUGUCAUAUGAUUAUAAUUAUUGGACUGUAACAGUAGUUCACUAGAACAUUUCCACUUUUGUUGUACUUGCUAAACAAAACCAUUGGUUGCCUUACAAAGUUUAACUUGUGGGUGUUAUCUGAGGCUGUUUCUGUUUGUAUAGCAAGUAUCAGGGAAGGAGUUGUUUUUCUUAGAAGUUUGAGUUUGUGUGUCAUGCUGCCACUGUAUGUAGAGAGUGAAAUAUAUAUUUUGCUUAUGCACUAUCGGUAAAAUUGAGUUAACCAUAUAUCAAGCACAAAGCAUUUUUGAAUUUCAGAAGACA